AGAGUAAUUUCCCAAAAAUUUAACUUUUCAGUCAAGACACCAAGCAGAAAAUAUGGUCAACCGUCUAAGUGAACAGCUGGUUGAGGCCAAGGCCAAAUGCUCUGAUUUUCGCAAUGCCGUCAAACUGAAUGUGUGGGGCAGCGACCUGGACGACAUAUCAAUCUGCCUCCAGAUGCCGCGCUUGGAAGUGCUGGCCCUGAGCGUCAACAAGAUCAACUCGCUGAGUUCCUUGCAGAACUGCCAUCGUCUCAAGGAGCUGUACUUGCGAAAGAAUGCUAUCGCAAGCUUUGAUGAAUUGAAUUAUUUAAAGAACGCUCAUGACUUGUCCUCCCUCUGGUUGGAGGGCAAUCCGUGUUCCGAUGCAGCUGGCGGCCACUACCGCGCCAACGUUCUGCGCAAGCUGCCCCAACUAAAGAAGCUUGACGAUGUGGAUGUCCUCGAUCAGGAGCUGCAGGCUGCCCUUCGCCAUGAGUAUUACCCUGAGCCGAAAAGCAACACCGGUGUAACGCCAGUGCCCGAGCCGCCGAACAGUCCCAAGCUCAAGGCUCGCCGGGAGCGUCUCGAGCGGGAGCGCGAAUACGAACGCGAGAUGGAACGAGAGCGCGAGAGGGACCAGGAGCGGGAGCGCGAACUAGAGCGCAACCGAGACCGCAGCCGGGAAAUGACUGAAAUGGCGGAGCUUGAACGUGAGCCUUAUGCAGAUUCGCCAGCUGGCUCGCCCCGGAGUCGCCGAUCACCAGUCCCAGAGGCACGCUUCACACAGACUGAAGUCCAUAGUCCGCCUAACCGCAGAGCCGGUUCUGCCCUCGACUCCUCGGAGGCCUCACAGAGUCUAAACAACGACCAUGUGCGCCGAUGCAUACCGCCCAACUUUCAUUCCAACCAGAUGAGCCCCCGUUCUGCGGCUGCGUCGGUGUCUUCGGCCGCAUCCACUGCAGCUCCUGCUACCAUCGGACAACAGUACUACCGUAAUACCGUCUCGGACAUGGCCACCGUUGGGCACCCUGACCGUCUGAUUGACAGUCGUCCUUACGAUAUGGUGGCCAGUGUCUCGCCGCAGACUCCCAGUCCACUGGGAGUCCCCUAUUAUGCGGGUUUUGGACUGGGCGGCGGGGCAAUGGGAGCCGGCAGCCAUGGCAACUCGCCCGGCACCACAGAGCAUCAACGCCAUUCGCGCAUGAACGACAAUCUGCUGCGAGCCACUAUGAUCCUCAUUAAUGAAAUGGACGGGCCCACUCUAGAGGCCCUCAGCCGCGCCAUCCACGAUCAUGUGGCAAGCCAGUCGAUGCGAUACUAGCUGACUACAAGAGACCCGAAUAACAACGUUACACUAGCAAUGCGCCUUAUAGCAUGACCUCCGAAGCUGCAACAUUAGGACACAAACCAUCCUAUAUUCUAUAAAAGCCGAUAACUUCAGCGCCAAUCUU